AAUAACAUCAAUCAUAUAAUUAUAAUUUUAUAAAUUUUAAUAAUAAUGGGAAAUUGUUUUGGAAAACCAAGUCCUCCCAAUGAUAAUUCUCAAAGAGGCAACGACAAUAAAACAACAAAAACAGAUAAUUCAAAAGGACAUCAUACGAAUGGAGGAGUGAAUGGUUCACCUUCUAAUGCUACUGCUGAUCCUAAAGCUACAGAUAAUGCUGCCGUUGAUUUGAAAAUAUUAUUAUUGGGAAGUGGUGAUAGUGGUAAAAGUACCCUUUUCAAACAAAUUAAAAUUACAGAAACUGGUGGAUUUACACAUCAAGAAGUUUUACGUUAUCAGAGUACUAUUUACGGAAAUUUAAUACAUACUAUUGAUAGUUUGAGUUUCCAGGNUGAAGGAAGUGACAGGGAUGCCACACGACACUAUACAGAGGAAAUGGCAAAUGACAUUCAAGAAUUGNCCAAUGAUCCAGAUAUAAUUAAUGCUUUUAACAAUAUGAGAUAUGAAGCACACGUUUUUGAAGGUGCUACAUACUUUUUCAAGGAUUUAGAGAGAUUACGUCCACCAGAUUAUAAACCAAAUGAUACUGACAUUUUAUAUUGUAGACAAAAGACAACAGGUAUUUCAGAUGUCACAUUCGAAUUUAAUACAAAGAAACUUAAAGUUGUUGAUGUUGGAGGUCAAAGACCAGAAAGAAGAAAAUGGAUUAAUGCUUAUGAUGAAGUUGAUGCUAUUAUAUUUGUUGCCAGUCUUAGUGAUUUUGAUCAAAAAUGUUAUGAAGAUGAUUUGGUAAGUUUUUUUGCUUUACUUUCAAAUUAA